CACCAUGAAUCUUGUUUGAGCUGUCGUGUUUGUUGAUUGAUCCGAUUUGAUUCCUUAAUAUGUAUAGAUCAAUCUUGGAAAUAUCAAAUUGCAAUGGGAGCACACACUCGCACUGCUAAAAGGAACCCAUAACAACGCUUUAUAUCGUCUGGAAACACGACUUCACUGAAUCCAGCAUCGGAGACAGCCAAGCCAUUGCCGAGGUGCCUAUUAUGGUCAAUAGUUUAACUAUUUACCUCAUCGAGUGGAUAAUGCCCGCUGCUCAUUAAAGCGUGACGUUAUGAUUAGAUGACAUCCGGGGACGUCACUAUUAUUAUUGUCAGACACUAAUUGGAGGUCGCCAUCGUCCUGGAUGUCCCAUUUUCUUUGACUGUGUUUUUCGAACUCGAUUAAUUUUAAUGACGAAUUUGAUCUGAGAGUUUCGCCGUUCGUAGCAGGAUGCCUAGCUGGUCAAACCACUUGUCAGAAUCUCAAACAUAAAACAUCCUGUCUAGCUCCAAAAUAUCAUUCUAUCAGACUUUGAAAAGGAGAAUUAAUUUCGAGAAAUGAAUCUUACUUGCGGAUGAAAUAAAUUAAUGACAGGAAUCGUCAAACAAUCCUCGUUAUACUCUUACAAUCUACAUGGUAUUUCAUUAUUAUCCAGACAACGUUGCAAUGGAAACUAUAGCUAUUUGGAUGUAAUGACUCCAACGCUGAUAUUAGGUAGAAUAGACAGUUAUUCAAACAUGCGGUAGAAGGUGUAGAACAAGGUCGUUGCUUGAAGAGAAUAUAUUUAACCACUCAGCCGCACAGUUGUUCUGUAUGCAUGGCAAGGAAAUCAGGACACAGGAGCCAUUCGCUACCCUACCCAUUGCACCAUUGACACGACCAUGAUCAGGAUGCUACUGACAGAUAAUCACACCCAUGAUCAAAUGCCCGAUGAUCAGGGUGAGGGUGAGGAUAAUCCCUUCCUUUUAAUAGGUGGAUACUUGCUCGUGGUUGUUGUUCUCGGUACUAUGGGCAACGUCACGGUCAUUUACACAUUUCUUCGCGUCAAGAAACUCCACAGUCCCACCAAUCUCCUCAUCGUUAACCUCUCAGCCAGCGAUCUCCUCGUCGCAACCACCGGAACACCCCUCUCCAUGAUCAGCAACUUCUACGGUCGCUGGAUAUUCGGAUCUCACACCUGUGCCUUCUACGGAUUCGUCAACUACUACUGCGGCUGCAUAUCUUUAAACAGUCUCGCAGCCAUAUCGGUGUUCCGGUACAUCAUAGUAGUCAGGGGUAAUGUCCAGAACCAGAGGCUGACCCUCCGCUCAAGCGUCUACGCGAUUGGGAUCAUCCACCUGUAUACGAUGAUCUUCUCGACGCCACCGCUUUACGGUUGGAACCGUUUCGUCCUCGCGGGUUUCCAUACUGGCUGUGACAUCGAUUUCCACACCAAGACACCACUCUUUAUAUCAUACAUAUGCUAUAUGUUCUUCUUCCUGUUCUUCUUACCUCUUGGUCUCAUAUCCUGGAGUUACUUCAAGAUUUACCAGAGAGUGAGCCAACAUUCGGAUUCAAUGAGGAGAACUUUCACGCACGUGGCCAAAGAGACAAGCAGCGAUGAGAAACGUGUCUGGCUUGAGCAAAUGAAGAACACAAAACUACUCCACCAACCAGUGAAACUUCUACGCUUGAAACCAAAGUUUAAACCUAGAUUCCACCAACGGAGAACUGCCUCAACCAUACUCAUUACAAUAGCAGUGUUUUUAAUUUCGUGGCUUCCUUAUUGUAUUGUAUCACUUUGGAUUCUCAUAGGAGAUGAGAAUUCUAUAUCCCAGUUGUCCGCGACGAUCCCCUCUCUCUUUGCAAAGUCAUCUGUCAUGUACAAUCCACUGAUUUACGCAGUGAUGAACUCCAGAUUUAGAAAAGCUUUGCUCAAAUCUCUAUCAUCACUAAAAUGUCUCGGCAGACACGAGUUGAACCAGUCAAAUUAAAGGUUCAUUCCAAGAUGCUGUCUGAGGAAAUACUCCCCGUAUGGUUUGGCGAUUGUAAAUCAAAAGGUGUGAACAUAGUGCUCAUUCAUGGUAACAUCAUCGGAAACAUUGUUUAUAACAGCAUUUGUUGAAUGAAAAACAUCUACAAUGAACAUAGUACUUGCAUAAAUCUUUGUUUCCUUACAUGUCUACAACUCCUGCUUCAGAAACAAGCGACUGGACUGUAAACUUGAUCUUUCAACUCAAUGUAGAUAUUGAAUCCUAUCACAUUUAUCGGCAAGAACUGCUUUAUUGAUUUGAAUGGUAAGAAAACAGAUUUUGCAGGGUAUUGGACCUUCGUCGCUUUAGUAAUUUCUAGAUAAAAAAUUACAC